AUGUUUUGUAUUCGUAGAACGUAAUUGCUGAAGCCAAGUCGUGCGACAUGCCGGCAUGCCCCGCAGUAGUGCACGAUCACAUCACAAUGCGCUGCGAAAAAGUUGACAUUCCCGCGCGCGUGCUUUAAAACUAAGCAAAACAGUGUGAACAGAAGUUAUUAUAAAGAGAAAUUUGUGCAUUAUUGUUUACGUAAUGAACAAUCGAGUGUUUGAACUUUUUUAACUUGGAUUUUCUGUAUUUUAUCACUUAUCCUGAUUUUAUAGAACGAAGGCUGUGGUGUCGUUUUCCCGCCGAGAAAGUUGACUCAGGAUGUCGAAUUUUCAACGAACCCGCAGCAAGGUGUGGUGGGAGGACUCGCCGCAGAACGUCCGGAAUUUCGGUAGCCCCGUGGCGCAGCCGUCGUGGAAGGAAGACAAGCAGGACGAGCCGGACUGGGAGCCCCAGUUGCCUCAUUGGAUCGCCAACCAGCCCGAACAACAAAAGAACAAUAGCACCGAUAACAUUGCGCAGCCUAACAAUGCACAGAUAAACCAGUGGCCGCUACGUCACGGAAGCCCCGGCAGCCAUAAGAGCCAAGAUUCCGGAUUUUCUGACUCUGAUAGCUCCCCGCCCCCCUCGCAGUACUACCCCUCACCAGAUUCCAACGAUUCUAAAAAUAAAUCGUCUAGUAGUAGUGACUCUAAUAACAAUGAGAAUAUUACAGUUAGACAAGUUAUCCCGAAUACUCCACAGAGCAUAGAUGUUGUUGAUAAUGCUAAAGUAAUGAAUAAUAGUAGCUUUGCCCCUACACCAAAGCCAAGGAAUCGAAGUAGUAGUGUAAUACAAACUCCUUAUGAUUUACAGAAAUAUUAUGAAAUCCAUAGAGAUGAAGAGCAUAUGGAAUUACUAAAAGAUAAAGAUGUAGACGAGAAUGAUAAAACUCUGUUGUCCGCCAAAAAUAUAAACAAUGAAAAGACCAAUCCAGAUAAGGUAUCAAAGAAUAUCUCACCGAAAGUUGUUAAUACGAAAUCGAAUAUUGAUAGAAGUAAUAGAGUAGAAAUAAAAGUUACGCCUCCAAAUAAUAUAAGCAAUAAAGAGAAUACUCUAAACAAAAGUGCAAUACACAACGACACCAAAGAUAUACCAGUUAAAAAUAUUAAUGUAAUUAGUCCGUCAAAAAAAUAUCCAGUCAAAAAAUCUUUUGUUUCAAGCUCAGAAACUGACAGUACUAAAAUAAGUAAAGUAGCAAAAGUAAAAGAUCUGGAGACAAAUAAAAAUAAAUCUGAUGAAAGUCUAGAGUAUAUAAAAUUAGCAGACAAUAAUGAAAUCUUAGUUAACAACCAACCCAGAGUGCGGACACCUAUAUCCAAUGUUUCUUACGUUCCUACUGAACGAACUCCGAUUUCAAAAGUUGAUUUCAAGCGAAGUAUGUCCAAUGAAGAAAACGCUUCAAUAACUAAUACUCCUAAAUUCCAAAGAAAUAGACUAAACAAAUCUCUCAACUUUGAAGCUCAACGAUUAGAUCAACAAAUACUUGACAUCCAAAGUGGCCAUCAUUCUUUAGGAUAUAUUGAUGAAGAUGACAGUUUGGUAGAAGAACAGUACGAAAAUGAUCAGAUUCAUAAGCCCUCCAAGGCCAUUCUAGGGAAAAAUAUAAUGGACAGUCUUCAUUUAAAACCCACAACUAAAAAAGCUGGUCCUAAAGCAAAACAACGGAUGGCAACAAAAUCGGAUAAAGCUAGAGAUUUAUUUAGGAUAUUUCCUGGCAAAAAAGAAAAACCCAGCAUCGUUGAGAACCAAGCAGGUGGAAUAUUAGAUGGUAGCAGAGUACCUUCCCUAGGUCUACCAAGAUCUUACGAGCAGAAUUCAUGGGUAGUAGUAGGAUAUCCAGAGAAGGAAAUGCUUAUACCUCAUUAUAAUGAACGACUUGUGGGUGGUGAUUGCGAUAUGAACUCAAAAGACAAAACUGAAGACGACUUAAAAAUUAGACGAGUUACACCACCACCCCAAUUCCAAGAUAAGCAAAAAACACCUUACGAGACUGAUUCUAAAAGUAACAGAGAUUUAACACACGAUUCUAAAAGAGAGAAAUUAAAAGAAACAGAAAUUAAUUUCGUAGACGUCCAAAUUAAUUUGGCAUGUACUUCAACACCCAAAAUGUUGGCUCCACACGAAUUCAUGAACGGUGUGACUCCAAAGAGCGUUAGCAAAAACAGUAGACUGAACUUAUUGGACAGGUUUAAUAGCGGGUUGGUUUUGAACAACCAGAACGAGAUAUUAUACAGGGAAAGAAGUAUAGACCAGACGACUUUGGAGCGGCUAUGUGAGAGGAAACCAGAACCGGUGCAGUAUUGGCUGUGUGAUUUAGUGGGCUCCUGCGAGAAUGAAUGUAUGACCACGCUACAGAGCAAGCCCUUGGGAGCUGAGAUGAAGGCCAUGGUAACCGCGAGCUCGGCUACUAUCACUGGAAACAUUAAGAAAGUACAAACGCACGGACAGAUCAUCGUGCAUCAAUACAGCGAAUUGCUAAGGCAAAUAGAAGAAGAUAAAAUGAGCGAGGAACAAGUAUGUUUGUUAGUUGCAAACAUAAACGAAUUCGUUCUAGCACACAGCAUCACCCUGAACACUAAACCUCCAGGGGAAACUCCUGAGAGAUGGGACAAGAUAAAAAAGUCCCUAGAACUGUAUUUAAGGAAGCUCAUAGAUAUAGGAGAAGAUGUGAAGUUGGAAAUGAAUGAGACCCAUCCAGAAUGGACAUUAGUUGAAAAACAUUUGGACACGUUGAUAGGGAUUUUCUUGGAAACCACUAAAGCUGUUUUAGUGCAACAGAUGAAGACUCUCGUGUCGAUAAUCGAAGAGCCCCCAUCAGAUAUGAUCCUUAAGAGCACAUUGACAUCCAUCGGUCACCUAGCGAUGUUGAGUGACAACACAGAGAGCAGUCUUCACGUAAAGUGCUCCAAGAUCAUGAAGAACAUUACGGACCUUCCGUUCGUGGACUGUGGAGUGCCGAGGGCCCUCCUCACGGCUAUUAUCGAGAGCAACAAGAGCUCCAUCAAAGCCCUCUCGCUGAGGGCCCUCGCAACUGUGUGUGUCACUGGAGACGCUGUUAAACAGUUUGAAGAGGGUGGUGGCAUAGAGAUAAUCUCGGACAUCCUAUCAGACCGGUCGAAUCCGGAGCCGCAGAUGCGGGAAGCUAUCACCGUUCUCACUCAGAUCACCGCACCCUGGCUGAGAGGGCACUACGACCUCACGCAACUUCACGUCUAUUUGAACACCAUUGUCGAGAACAUUACUGGAAUCCUAACCCGCACGGAGUGUUGCCAACUCCUGUUGCUGUGCACGGCGUGCCUCGUCAACUUAGUCCGGGAGCUAGAGUUGGAGAAGUCCGAGGACAAGCCUGGAGGGUCUGACAUCGUGGAGGUGUUGACCAGGCACCGCACUGUGGAAAGACUGCUCGAGGCUGUAAAGAAACGAGGACCAAGCAUUUCGGUGUUCUUACAGGAGCAAACGGCGUCAUUCCUAGCGUCGCUGUCGCGCAUCAAUCGCUGCGUGUUGGUGCUGUCGGGGCUGCGGGCGGUGCCGGCCGCGCUGCAGAGCUUCACGCGAGCCGCGCCCGCGCACGCGCCGCGCGACGCCGAGCUGCGCGCGCAGGCGCGGCUGCACUGCCACGCCGCUGAGGCUAUAUCUAGACUGGCGGUAGUACCAGAAGUAGCACAAAGCAUCGUCCAGCUGGACGGCGUUCCUCGUCUUACCCGCCUGGUUAGGAUGCAGAGAACGCGGCCCCACAUCGACGUCAACCCGGACCAAACCCUCAUACAUUGCCUCAAAUCACUGAGGGUCAUCUAUAAACAUAGCCCUGAAGCAUUCCUUGAAUACCAGAAAGAUGUAGAAGAAAUGAUCAGACCUCAUCUUAUGGAGUCUUUGAUGCUGUUCUCGGCUAAGCAAGAGAGCUAUGUGUAAGCUGUCAAAAUUGUGUGCCAAAUGUUGACAAUCUAAAAUUUUAUUGACUGUACAUUUUGUACUAAAUGCUUUGAUCUGUACAAGCAUAGUUAAGAAGUAUCUAUUUGAGUCUGAUAUAAAAUGAAAUGAAUUGGUUUUAGAUUAAAAAAAAAAACGAUGAAAUUAUGUUUUAGGGAUAAGUUCUCCGGUAUUUUUCGCUAACCUUAAGACAUAUUUUCAGAUAAUUGUAAAUACUGCUGUAUACUUGCUUUUAAAACGUAGCUCUAUUAUGAAAUAUUUAAGACAUUUUAACAGAUGCCAUACUUUGUGUAACUAGUCUUCAAGUGGCUGUCUUGUUGCCAUAAAAUGAAAUUAGCGCCAUUAAUGACGUGCCGAAGAUUAUAAAUUUAUUUUAAGUUUUUCUACUCUAAGAGCCUGUUUCACCGUAUGGUGGCAAAGUGUCAUUAUAGAACUGAUAUUAUAUCAGAAACUGGCGAAACAGGCCCUAAAACGAAUAAUUACCAAAAGCUACUGAUUUUUAAGUUGCUAACAAUUACAAAAUCAGUAGCGAUUGAAUAGUAUUUGCUAUGAUUAUUUUAUUAUUUAAGAUUAACCUAUAUACUUCGUCUACUUAACUGAAUCUUAUUAUCGAUACCACCAUUACUAGGCUAUUUCGUAAACAUACAAGUUUUGUAUUCCCAUUUUACGUAACACCAGUAAAGAAAUAUAUGGAUAUGAUAAGUGUGGUUUGACUUAAACCCACGGUAUUGUUAUGUUUAUAAAGAAUAAAGUAUAUUACAUAUUACAAUAAAUAUUAUUUCAUUUU